CAUACAAUCGAGAGCAUCACUCGCAGCCGUCGUCGUCGAUGCAAGGCAUCGUGCCCUAGGUCUGGCUUUUCGAAGCUCAUCUCUUUCGAACUCCGAAGCAGUAUCAUUGGUGCCUCAUGCAUUGCUGGAUCGUUAAAGGCAUCAGUUACGUUGAACGCCACAGUGGCUACACAUGAUGGGUCACGAUGACGGACCGCUAGAACAAGUCGAAGCCAUCCGCACAGAUGAUGAUCAGAUGGAUGGUGAUGAAGAGAAAAAUAUAGCUAGCAAAGUUUCAGUGGGCAAGGACUCAGGGAGCGUCAAGAUUGCCAAGUUGACUGCCCGCCUCCUGGCGCAGCGCUUUGGGGGGAUUCCAGGAGUACCGGUUGGGGCUAAAUGGGAGGAUCGCCAAGGGUGUUCUCAUGCUAGUGUACACCGUCCUUUGAUGGCUGGCAUAUAUGGCACUAAACACACUGGUGCCUUCUCAAUUGUCGUUUCGUGUCACUACAAAGAUGACAAGGAUUUUGGCGAUACGAUCUACUAUACAGGUACAGGGGGUCGCAAGCGGUGGUCUGAUAGCUGUCCUCCGAAGCGUGUAGGUCCGCAGGUUUUUGAUCAGCAGUGGUCAGAUUCAGGAAACGAAGCACUUGUCAAAUCGCGUGACACAGGCAACCCCGUGCGCGUCGUCCGAAGCUACAAAGUACUUUCCGAUUUUGCGCCUGCCGAUGGCUAUCGUUAUGAUGGUCUGUACACUGUCGAAAGUGCAUGGAAAGAGAAAAAUCCUCAGGGUCUGGAUAUCUGUCGCUAUAGGUUAGAGAGGAUUCCAGGUCAACCUCCCCUGCCUCGUCGUUCGCCUGGAGGUACCGAUCAUGAGCCAUCUCCCACCUCCGUAGCUACAUCAGAUACUGCCGUCUCGCCCUCACAUACGUUGAUCAGCCGUAAGCGCAAGACUGAGCCAUGUUCACCCCAAGAUGAUCCAACGAUCUAUGCCGAUGCGGCGUCUAAGAAGUGCAAACUCGCCGACCAAGCGCCGCCCCAACCAUCGUCGUCUUCACCAUCAUCAUCAUCAUCUGCCGUGCAGCCACAGGUUUUGACGCCGGUCCUGAUGACUAUUGAAACCCCGCUGCAGAAGCACAACCAGCGGGUGCAGAAGGAGUUGCAGAAAGAGAAACAGCAAUGCUUCUCUGGAACGAGCUCUUCCAUGAAGACACCUGUGAAGAGGCGACCUAGCAUGUGGACCAGCCAAUCCAAACCCAAUAGCCUCAUAUGGAGACCCAUGCGGAGCAUCUCUUGCGAUGAGAAUGACGAAGAUACCGAUAUAACACUUGAUGACGAAGACAUUGAUAUACCAUUUGAUGAGGAAGAUGAGGAAGAUCUACUACUCGAGGACCUCGAAAUCACGGCGGCUUCCCUAUUUUCAUCGCUCUUAUCCCCGUCGCCCUUCUGAGCGAGUCAUCAAAUACCUAUUAUAUACCGGGUGCUCUGCUUUCUUGCUUUCAAGACCUCGAAUCCAUGUUUCUCAUUCACUUCGCCCAUCUGGUAGGACCAGUCACGGAUGUACAGUACCCUUUUUCUGUUUUCUUGCUUUGAGGAUCAUUUGGAAUGUCUGCCUGCUGAUACU